GUUUGCUAUAAACUACCUGUACAUUAAUGUGAAAGUCCGACUUCCUGUAGAAAUUUUCUUUGUAGUUCGAUCACUCUUGACACCUCGAAGCACAAUCGUGCCAGUCUGACGUGUUUUUUUACUCGGGCGAGUUAACGAGAACUUUCCAGAUGAUUUUUGUGUCACUGUUGUUCCCGAGUGCGAAACAAACAGAUCUUCACCUACACUAAAGCGAGCGCGAAAGCCACGUCAACUGUUCACCACGCUAGCUUUGACGCAAAAGCGACGCAGUCCCGCUUUGGUGUUAGCAGCUUGGCACCAGCUAUAGUAGCCGCUCGUCUCUCACUUUCCUACGACAUCAUUGGCGGAGUUACCGUUUACAACGAUUGUUCACUGGCAAUAAUGGCAGUUUUUAGAAGACUUUGCUGCCCAAACCUCCUUGCACUGUCGCUAUUCUUGUGGACCUUGCUGCUGGGAAUGCAUGUAAGUGCUCGGCCAGCCAAUGCACCCGCUCCAAAAGACAAGCCUGUAUCCAACAAGGAAGAGAAUGAGAUUCUUCCACCGGGUCACCUUAAUGGCGUGAAGAUGGAAAUGGAUGGCCACCUAAACAAGGAUUUCCACCAAGAGGUCUUCUUGGGCAAAGAUAUGGAGGAGUUUGAAGAAGAUUCUGAGCCAAGGCGGAACAGAAAGAAGCUUAUUGACAUCUUCUCCAAAGUGGAUUUCAACAAGGAUCACAGUGUGAGUGCCAAGGAGAUGCAGCGCUGGAUUAUGGAGAAAACAGAGGAACAUUUUCAAGAGGCUAUGAGGGAGAACAAGAACAGCUUCCAUGCUGUUGAUCCAGAUGGUGAUGGUCAUGUGACUUGGGAUGAAUACAAAAUCAAGUUUCUUGCCAGCAAAGGUUUUGAUGAAAAGGAGCUUGCAGAGAAAAUCAAGAAAAACGAAGAUCUUAAACUGGAUGAUGAAACUCAAGAGGUCUUAGAGAGCUUGAAAGACCGCUGGUUCCAGGCAGAUAACCCUCCGGCUGACCAAUUGCUCAACGAGCAGGAGUUCCUGUCAUUCUUGCACCCAGAGCACAGCAGAGGCAUGCUGAAAUACAUGGUCAAGGAGAUAAUGCGUGACUUGGACCAGGACGGUGACCAGAAGCUGACUUUGUCAGAGUUCAUCUCCCUCCCUAUGGGGACUGUGAUGAACCAGGAGGGCCAGGACAUUGAUGACGAUUGGGUAAGAGAGCGCAGGAAGGAGUUCGUGGACGUUCUCGACGCCAACCACGAUGGCAUUGUCACCAUGGAAGAACUGGAGGAGUACAUGGAUCCAAUGAAUGAGCAUAACGCUCUGAACGAAGCCAAACAGAUGAUCGCGGUGGCCGACGAGAACCAGAACCACAGCCUGGAGCUGGAAGAGAUUCUCAAGUACAGCGAGUACUUCACCGGCAGCAAACUGAUGGACUAUGCCAAGAACGUUCACGAGGAGUUCUGAGGGGGUCACGUGCCAUCCGGUGCUGACCUGAGUUACCUGGACUACAUUGCAAGCAAUGCGGCUGUCCGCGUCGCAUCUUGUUCAAAGUUGAUUAAUUGUGCUUAUGCAAUGUGUGUAUAUGAGAUGUAUUCCUUGAACGCGACUAAAAGAGCACCUUGUCAGUGUGUAUAGUGUAAAUAUUCCAAAUGACUUGCAUGAAGCAGAUGUCCCUAGCGCUUUAAAGUUGGGUUCUUUUCAUAGUAGUUUCUAAAGUGAAAGAUAAUGUAACAGAUGAAUAAUAUAUGAUGACAAAUGCUCAGGUGAUGAACAACAUGCUCUUGGAUUUCAGAUCUGCUAAUGGCAUUUACUUGCCCAAAUGUAUAUGGGUUGCACUCUAUCACAUGUUAAAUGUGUUCAUUUACUAAUUUUGACAAUUUUAUCAGAUUUUCAAGUGUGCAUAGUGUAAAGGCCCCAGAUGUUAGGAGUUUUAAUUCCUGUUGCUCAGUAACAUGUAAAAAAAAAAAAAAAAAAACUGCUUCAUGACAACUAUUGCAAAAGUAUUGCAAAAUAAAUAUUUCUGAACAUUUUUUUUCUUGUCU